CUGCUCGCACUGCAGACAUCUUGCGUGCCAGGAGCAACUGCUACCUGUUGCUGCUGCUGCUGCUACCAUCAAGGUCAAUUAUCUUGCCACCUAAGGCCGAGAGGCGAAUUACAGCUGGGCUCAUUUAAAGUCAGCCCACUCCAAACCGACGACAGAAGCGCCUGCCUGCCAGGUGACUCCACUCAGCUAGCCAAACACUUCCAACUACGAUCGUCCGUGCUUUGAUCGACAGUGUGAUCGUGGCAGGUGUAAAAGUGACAAGUGACAGUGUUGUGUUGUUAUCUGAGCCGCAGAAGGCAAUUAAUCGACGGCCGGACGGUAGCUAUUGUAUGGUGAGCCUUGUGAUGCAGCUCCUACUGAUCGUAUGUGCGUUGCUGUUUGGCUGUGUUCGGGUAUGGGGUGAAAAUGCCUUUAUCGAUAGUGCACCGGAAGGAUACUACGACCGUAAAUCGUUAGUUGAUUGUCCCAGUCGGUUCUACAGUGAGGAUGUUUCCAGCGCACUGGGGUUUUUCAUUUUUGGCGGACGUCGAGCAUUGCUGAAGGAGUUUCCUCAUAUGGCAGCGAUCGGAUGGACGGACACGAAGGUAUCGCCAACAGUGGUGCAGUACAAAUGUGGCGGUUCGUUGAUAGCUGCCAAAUAUGUUCUAACGGCUGCCCAUUGUAAAGUGGACGAUGAUAAAAUUCCACCCGACUCGGUACGCCUUGGCGAUACGAAUUUGGCCACCGUCGAGGACGACGAAACGGCACAGCAGUUCAGCAUCGUUAGCUUUACCGUGCACGAGAAGUUUAAGAAGAACCGCAAGUACUACGAUAUCGCACUGAUCGAGCUUGAUCGGGAGGCCAGCUUUAACACCGCCGUGUGUCCCAUAUGUCUGUGGCCGCUGGAUAAUUUGAGCGAGUACAGUUCAAGUUUGCGUGCAGUCGGCUUUGGAUUUACAUCCUACACUUCGGGAAUGAGUCCAACGCUGCAGAAGGUCACACUGACGCACUACGAUUCCGAAUCCUGCAACAACGAACUCCCGAAGGAUGCCCGGCUGCGGUACGGUCUAACGUCGGAUCAGUUCUGCACUAAAACGCCUCACAAGGACGCCUGUCUGGGAGAUUCCGGUGGACCGCUGCAGAUCGAUCUGUCCGAUGUGACCCGUACCAUCCCGUACCUGACGGGCGUCGUAUCGUUCGGGACUGGUUGUUGGGAUGGAUCGCUCGGUGUGUACACGAAGGUAUCGAGCUACAUCGAUUGGAUCCGUGAGCGGGUGAACGUAACGGCCGAUCCGAUUGAAUGUGCGAGAAACACGGAAUGCUUACCGGCGAGACCGUUCUCCGACAGUCGGCUAAGUCCACAAAAUAAUUCUCCCUUCUUUAAGGUUAAUCUUCGCAAACCGGACAACAGCUCCUUUCACCAGUGCAGUGGAGCACUAAUCGAUUACCGACACGUCAUCACCGCAGCCGCCUGUGCCGUACGCAACAACGAACAGCCGGCGUUUAUCGAGGCAAACAACGAGCUGGUAGAAAUAGUGGACAUCGAUGUACAUCCCAAGUACAUCACGGGUAAAAGCUAUCACAACCUAGCGGUCCUUACGCUCGCCAAGUUUUACAACCCGAACAAAAUCUAUCAAAUUAUUGCACCGGGUUGCAUCUGGAGGGAGGAUCGCAUUACCGAUCCGAUCGUGUUCUUUUCCGGCUACGGUCCGGAGGUGAAGAAUGUGCCGGAAGAUGUGGCGAAAAAUGUUUCGCUCAAAAUACUGGUCGCGCUCGUCACGGAAAAUGGCCGCUGUGAGGCGAACGACGCGUGGAAGGUGAACAGCACACUGUGGACUGGGUUUAACAGCGAUUUCCUGUGCACGUACAAUCCGAUCGAUUUGGUGCCGGGGAUUUGUAAGCUUGAGCCAGGUGGUGCUGUGUCAAACUUCCGGCGGGAUAACAUUGUACCGUACGUGUACGCUGUCAACACGAUGGACGAAGGGGCAUGUGGAGGAGCUCAGAAUCUGUUUGUUGCGACGCGUCUGGCGCCGUUCUAUGACUGGAUUGAAUCAAUUAUCCUGAGACAUCUGCCCGAAAAUGAUCCGCUUCUGACGUCAAUCCGCUUCGGUGGCGAAGAUCCGGACAGCCCAAACACCAGCAGCAGUUCCACCUCGAACAGCAUCGAUCAAAUCAACCAUCCAAAUCGUAUAGUUCCACUCAUUCUUUCAGAUGUAAUAACAAAUCAUAUAAAACCGUACGGAAGUGAUCUGAUGCCUGGCAGACCGUUCACCACCAAAGUAAACAUUUAUCAUCAAUCAUUGAACAACACGCCCGAAACGUACGAAGUGUACGGACCUCAUAUCAGACAUUCGCCGAAACCUGUGCCUCCAUUACGGCCUCCAUCUUCUUACCACCAGCAAACGGUAGUGCAAGUCGUGCCCAAUACAAUACAGCAUAAUGACGUACACAUCGAACUAGUUCCUUCCGUUGAACUACCGGCGACACAUCACAUCGUUCAGGGGCAGGCAAACAAUCUUGCCAGCAGCCCAUACCGGGCCUCACACGCCAGCCUCCAUCAUCCGGGCCAAACAUCGGCCCCCUUACGCUACGGACCCAUACCGAACCGGUCACCUGCGACCCUGGUCGACCACAAUCAGCUCGUGUCAGUUAUUCGUUCGAUUGAGCUGUACGAGAACGGACUGUGUACACUUCCGGCUGGGACCGCUGGCAGAUGUCUGCACUAUACGCGCUGUCCUUCGCUGUACUGGAAUGGCCGGAUGGUGGACAUAUAUCAUCGCUUGAACCUGAUCUCUUUCUGCAACCGUGCGCAGCAAAUGGUCUGCUGUCAGGUAUGAGCAAACCACGGACUGCGGGCACUGGGUCAGCAGGAGCGCUUUUGGGCAGAACAAAAAAACGAGUCAUAAUAAAACUGUAUUUAUUGUAAAGUGU